UCUGGCGAGUCGUAGUUGCCUCUAGUUUUGGACUCAAACUCAGAGAUCGUAAGCCAGUAUAAAUUAAGCAUAGAACACGCAGCAUACAAGUUCUGGCCGCAGACAAAAUGGAUACCGGCAUUCAUUUGACGCGGGCCGCCAAGCGCAUCUACGAGGAGAUCAGAACACAGAGGAAGCAUCGCUACGCCACUCUGGCCGUGCAACAGGACUGUGAGAUCAGUGUGGAUGCGCUGGGUAAUCGUGCGGCCAGCUACGAUGACUUUCUCGCCGACCUGCUGGGCGAGGGCAAGGCAGUGGGAGCGGCAGUGGGAGCGGCAGUGGGAGCGGGAGCGGGUCAGUGCCGCUUUGCGAUCUACGACUACGAAUACGAGCAUCAGUUCAAGCAAAUGGACAAGUCCAGCCACAAGCAGAAGCUGAUACUGUUCCUGUGGUGUCCGGCGCAGGCAUCCGUCAGGGAUAAGAUGAUCUACUCGAGUUCCAUUUCGAGCAUUAUGCGUUUCUUUAUCGGCAUACAGAAGUUCAUCCAGGCCAACAGUCCGGACGAUGUGAGCCGCGCAGCCGUCGAGUUGCAGCUGCGGGCCCUGGACAGGGACUAGGGUGGUCCCACCGAGUGGCAGGCCACCAACGAGGAGCAGCUUGGCAUGAGCUCACAAAUAUAUUUAAAUAUUCGAAUUCGU